AUGGUGCAGUUCUCCGUGCUGGUUUGUGUGGCCCUGGUGGCAGCAGUGGGCGCUUGGUGUGUUGCAGCCUUGGCAGAGCUGAAUGUUUCGGUUCUGGAUGCGACUGCAAGCCCAGUGCAGCUGAGCUCGCUGUUCCUCCGUGGUGUCGGGGCGACGCUGUGGUGUCGGACGCUCUACUGCUCGUACGCGGACACCACCCCGCUGGCCAUCCAGCACCGAGGACAUAAGGUGCAUGUCCGUCAUUUGGGCCGAUUCAUCACCUUCACCCUCUGGUGCAACUGCAUGCUGGCAUUGUAUUGGCUCUCCAGUCUUCUGGUGGCUGUUUUGGCGAUGCAAGGGCUGCAGGUGCCUGCUGCCUUGCAGCGCCUCACGGUGGUCCUUUGGCAAAUCACAGGCCCUUUGUCGUGGUUGGUCUCGAUGGUGGUGACCUUCGUCUUGCUGCCCGCGGCCUAUCGCAAGGAACCCGAGAAGAUUGACGUGAUGCUGGGCUGGCGGCCGCAAGUCUUACACAACGGAUAUGUGCUCUUUUGUGCACUGGAGUUGAUCAUCUCCAGACCACCCAUGGUACCCGAGCUCUUUCCACUGAUGAUCCUCUUCGGCCUUUGCUACAUCACCUUUGCGUGGUUUCUAUAUUUGCGCCUGCGCAUCUACGUGUAUUUCUUCCUGGACCCUACCAUGGUUUGGGCGCCACUGGCCUACCUGGCGCUCCUAGGGGCGACAGCAGGUUUCUUCUCGAUGAGCACUUGGCUCACGCGCCAUCUCUCCUCCACGGAGCACCCCACCCUAAGCUGCUGGGCAGUACUGCUGGCUGCGCUGGGGACCUGCACCUGGCGCAAGCGCAAAGAGGAGAAGACUUGA